AUGGGCCUCCGUCCACUACGGAGUCCUCCAUUCACAACAAGCUGGCGCUCUCCGAAGAGAUCUGCCGUUGACCUUGUUGCCGCUCUGCUGCAUGACAUUGAAGAGGCGUUUGCCCGCGGACAAGUUGCCACGCUGAUCCUUCGCCUCCGGAAGCCGAAGGGGCGCUUCGGCUACGCAGACGACACGGGCAUCUGGCUCGACAGCACCCUGUCGUUCAAGACACACGUGGAAAAGUGGACAGCCAAGGCACAGGUCGUGGCCUAUCACUUGAAAAGUCUGGCAAACACCAAACAUGGUCCUCUUCCCGGUGCCGUUCGCAGAGCCGUAAGAGCAUGUAUCGAACCGGUGCUGCUCCACGGCACCGAGGCAUGGCGGCCAAUUCUCCUCCCUCGCCGCUUCGGCGACGAUCAGGCGCUGCCUCUGCAAACCGCCCCGAAAGACCAGUCAGCAGCGGAUUUCCGCAUUUGGCUCCGGUCAGUGCCACCACACACUCUGGUCGUCUACUCAGACGGAUCGCUCUCCUCGGAUGCAGCGGUCGGUUAUGGCUAUGCCAUCCAUCUGGAUGGGCAAACCGUCCUAAGUGGCUGCGGCCGACUUGGGCCCGCUGAGGUUUUUGAUGCGGAAGCGAAAGGCGCGCUCGAGGGCCUGCGCGCUGCCCUAAGCCUCCCACGAUCGCAGAGGGUAGUCGUUUGUCUCGACAACAUCGCGGCGGCAACAUGCCUCAGAGGCAUGCCGGCAGACUCCUCCCAGGAUGUCUUCCUCGAGUUCCAGGCCCUGGCCACAGCACACGGUGCCACGGAGGUCCGCUGGAUCCCCGGCCACACCAGCAUCCCAGGCAACGAGCAGGCCGAUGCCUUAGCGAAAGCAGGAACCUCUCAACCCGAGCCCGCAGGCGCUGUCCCGACACUGGCAUAUCUGCGCAGGGCUGCCAGGCAGCAGCCUGUGUGCAUUUAA